CGUUCUGUGUUGAAAGUGCUGAUCUGAAGACGUACUAGUUCUGGAUAUCAGCCGGAUGAUGACAAUUAUGGGCAACAAGCAUUUGAGCGAAGAGAAAUAGUCUGUAGAUUCGCCGACACUGUGGGUUGGGUUACACGAAUAGUCGGCCUCUGUGAAACUGCCGUGGCAGAGUGACGCCUCCUUCAGGACUGCGAGAGCUGUUGUGUUGAUGAUCGGGAGACGUUUUGCUUGUUUUGUGAGAGAGGAACGAGGAGUGAGUCGAGGAUUUAAGGAUACGUUUUAUCAGCUGUCAAUGUAAAAAGGGUGUUGGACGGGAUGCGAGCUACCCCGCUUGGGAGCAUAUCCCCAGCCGAUUACCCAAGGUGGGACUGACGAAGUUUUGACGGAGAUUUAAUAUAACAAAGACCAAAGGAAGAAAACAAAAAUGCGAAGCGAUAGCCUAGUAUGAAAACAACAGUGACAUUUAAAGUAAAUUGACGUCGUGGAUUAGGUGGGGCAAAAGGGCAGGAACUCGGAAAAGCAAAAUGAAUUGCACAGAAGGAAUAAUUAUAUUAUUAACUUGAUGUCUGUGUAAGCACGAGCCUAGACUAUCUGUCUAUAGUGUUGUUAUUAUUAUUGACAUUAAAGACGAGGAAAGUGAAGUAAAAAAAUAAAUAAAAUAAACACGUAAACAUCUGAAUGAACUAGACCCGGGAUUAUGUAGCAUUGUUUUAUUAUUAUUAUAAUUCUUUUUUAAAUUUAAAUACGACGCAGUUAUGUUGCUCUGUAAAUGUGAUUAUUAAUAAAACAAACGACUUUAUCAGAUACACUUAGAGGAUAAACACAUAACAUCAACAAGUUUGCACUACGAAAAAUGUAAUGGACUAUUGAACCAGCUGUAUCUGUACUCAGAUAAGACACACUUAGUGAAAAACACACACACACAAAAAAAAAAAAAAAAAAACUCCAGCUACCUGUAAAGCCAAGAAAGGCAGGUAGACAUUCCUGAAAGCCACACUAUAUCUGAUUUAGUGCAAGGUCAUACUUGAAUAUUUAGAGACUGUAUAGUGUGUAUAUGUAUAUAUAUAUAUAUAUAGAAGUAAUUUACAUAUACAUAAUUAAAUUGAGCUCCUGAUAGUUGGCUAGAAAUGAGAAAAUGAACACAGAAGAGCAUCACACUGGCACAGAAUUGAGCAAUGCCAAAGAAAAGACACAUGUUAAACUAGCUGACAGAGUUGGAAUUUGCCCCCGGAAUAGCCAGCAGGUGAUGGCUGGCGAGAUGGUGAAAUUUCACAUUGGAGCGGAGGAUGAGUCAGUGGGAGAGAUGGGAGUCUGUGAACUGGAAAGGGUUGCUGAAUCCGUCCCCCUGCAGGACCAGGAGCUUGGAGAGAGUGGGGAGGUUAAUGGGAGUACUAAAACAGAGGCACCCCACAUAACUAAUUCAAACGCUGAUCACAAGCCACAUGAUCAGAGAAACUGCCUGGAGGAUGCUGAGUGUGGUCAAAGAGUUGUGGACUCAGGUUUGGACCAUGCUGGGAAGGAUGCGCCGGCAUGUGUGGAUUUAACUUUGCAAACAUCAGUCACUUCAUUAGAGGUCAGUCCAGAGCAGGGUGACAGACUUCAGACUGUGCAGGAGUCUGUUCCAAUACCAGCUUCAGAUUGCUCGGCAGAUUUGGGAGCCCCUGCACAGAACACCGAUUUACAGGAAGUUGCCUCCAAUCAAGGAGGGGGUCCAGUUUCACCUCCCUCUCCUCCUGAGCUUCUCAAACCUGGAGGGAAGAGGGUCACUUUUCCCUGUGAUCAGGACAUCAUAUCUGGGGCUGUGGAGCCCAAGGAUCCCUGGAGGCAUGCUCAGAAUGUGACCGUGGACGAGAUCAUCACAGCUUACAAACUUGCCUGCCAGAAAGUAAGCUGUAAGCCUAUCCAGAAACUACUGAAGCAAAUACAGGAAAUCAAAGACCUGACCCAGCGGACAGACUGCCUUGAUCUGAAAGGUGAAAAGCUAGACUACAAGGCAUGUGAUGCACUGGAAGAGGUCUUCAAGAGGGUUCAGUUUAAACUUGUUGAUCUGGAGCAAACUAACUUGGACGAAGAUGGAGCCUCGGCCCUGUUUGAUAUGAUUGAAUACUACGAGUCGGCGACUCACCUGAACAUCUCAUUCAACAAACACAUCGGCACACGGGGCUGGCAGGCUGCUGCACACAUGAUGAAGAAGACAAACUGUCUUCAGUAUCUAGAUGCGAGGAACACUCCGCUGUUGGACCACUCUGCCCCCUUUGUGGCACGAGCGCUGCGCAUCAGCAGCAGUCUGGGGGUGCUGCAUCUCGAGAACGCCGGCCUGUCGGGGCGCCCCCUCAUGUUACUGGCCACAGCUCUGAAGAUGAACAUGAACCUGAGAGAGCUGUACCUGGCAGAUAACAAGCUCAACGGACUGCAGGACUCUGCCCAGCUGGGGAACCUGCUGAAAUUCAACUGCUAUAUCCAGAUCCUGGACCUGCGGAACAACCACGUGCUGGACUCGGGUCUGGCGUACCUCUGUGAGGGCCUGAAGGAGCAGAGGAAGGGCUUGGUGACUCUGGUCUUGUGGAACAACCAGCUGACUCACAACGGCAUGGCGUACCUGGCAGCUGUGCUGCCAUGCACCCAGAGCCUGGAGACGGUGAAUCUGGGACACAACAGCAUUGGGAACGAGGGGGUCCACAAGCUGAAGGACGGGCUCAUUGCAAACCGCUCUGUCCUGCGUCUGGGCCUUGCUUCCACGAAACUCUCCUGUGAAGGGGCGGUAGCGGUGGCAGAGUUUAUUGCUGAGAGCCCACGUCUGCUGCGGCUGGACCUCCGUGAGAAUGAGAUCAAGACCGGCGGCCUCAUGGCUCUCUCCCUCGCCCUGAAGGUCAACACCUCCCUGCUGAGACUAGACCUGGACCGGGAGCCCAAGAGAGAGGCUGUAAAAAGUUUCCUCGAGACCCAGCGAGCCCUGCUCUCAGAAAUCCAAAACGGCUGCAAACGCAACUUCAUCCUGGCAAAAGAGAAGGAGGAGACGGAGCAGAAGAUGCACCAGUCUGCCUCCAUGCCUGAGAUCACCAUGGCACUGCCACAGACUGAGGAAGGAGUGGCAGCAGAGGACAGCGGGCAGGGCGAGGGAGGGGACGAGCGAGGGGGGGCCGGUGAACCACCAUCACACAAACAGGAGGAGGAGAAUAAAGCAGGAGCAGCAACCUCCAACAACCUGGAGCAGGAAUCCGAUUCAGAUACUGAUGAUGAGGUGGAGGGACCUGCACAGGCUCCUGUAUCCGUGGAGAAGACGUCUUCUGCUCCUCCUCCACCCUGCCACCCUGUACCUAUAGAGGCUGUGGUGGUGGAGCCCCCUAGUGGUUCAGGAGAUGCUGCACCUCCCUCUCGGCUAGAAGAUAAACCCAGGCCAGCGAUUACCCUGUCUGACCCCGUGACCACCCUCGGCUCCCCCACACAAAGCAACGAGAAACGCAUUUCUGUUACCAGCCCAGGCCGGGGCCAUAAAAUCUUCGUAGUGACCCGUGUGGAAAGCCCCCCAGAGCAGCCUCUGCAGGCGGUGGAGAAUGCACAGACCACGCCUUUGCUAAGCCAGCCGGCGACUCCGAUCCCAGUGAAAGAAGACGGGCAGGCCAGCCUGGCUGUGCUGGCAAGUCCACUAAAGUCCACCGUGUCGGAUACGCCUGCCCCUGCUGUUACUGACAGCCCACUGCCACACCUCCCCUCCAAAGCAGAGGUCAGGGAGGGGGUGCUGUGUGCUGCGGCUGCAGGGAGCACCUUGCCCAACGGAUUUAAAGCAGAGUUCAUCCGAAUCCUGCCCGAAUCCUGCGAGACUCCUGAGCCCAAAGGGGUGAGCUGUCCUGCCGAGGAUGAGCUGUGCUGUUGGGAGGGCGAGAAGGAGCUGGAAGAGCUGCUGCUAGAAGCGAGUCUGGAGACCGGGAGAGAAGCACUGUGACACAGCCACGGGGUCCUUAACUCAGCAGAUUGACAAACUGCAGGCCGUCCCCGGAACUCGCCUGCUUUGUUUUUUUUUUCAUCCCCAAGAAAACUGAAGUGCAACAAAAAAGUCUCCCCAUUCUACUUAAAUGAAGAAAUAAAAUAUAAAGAAAUCCCUCCGGUAUUUUCUAUCACUGCAUUCCAUCUGCCGCAAGUCUAGAAGGAAGAUGCGCCUGCUGUUAUCCAGUGUAACAGUGUUCUUACAGAAUGCAAACCAAAGAAACAGGAUUCUGUGUGGACAGACUCGUAGGUUCCUGCUUAAUGGACCAGAAAACUGCUCAUGUGAAAAAAAACUUGCUUUCCCCCAGCAGAAGUGGGUUCUGCAUUCACUAGAAAUAUCAGACGAGAAAGGAGAGGGUCUGCUCAUGGCAACUGCAUCAAAACCAGUGUAUGGAAUCUGCAGCACGUUUUCUUCUUUGGUUUUGAAAAAUACUUUGCUAAGGAGUGAUCAGGCCCAUUGGAUUUCUUCACUUUCUGAAUCGGUAUCAUCAGUCACUACUUUUGGAAGCUUGGAAUUGCUGCUUCAUAUAUCCUAAAAUCCAUAUAUGCUAUUUGUCCUAAAAAAACAAAUAGCAUGGUAUUCUCUAUUCUUGUAGCAGUCUUCCAUUGUAAGCACACACACACACACACACACACACAGACACAGAGACACAGAGACAAGCGCUGCCUUCAUCCAACAGACCCACUUUGCUGCUUCAGAGAUGAAAGAUAUUUUCUUAUUUAUUUUAUAGAUUUCUCUCCGUUUAGUGUAUAUCUUGAUUUCAUUUAGAGAGUGUGUUAAUAAUAAUAUGUUUUUCAGGGGAAAAAGAGGUGGAGGGUUAACUCUUUCACUCUCCUUUUCUUGAUUUUCUUAAGUUCCUCCAGCUAAAAGAUGUGGUCCAAAGGCUAGCCAUUCAAUUUGUAUUUUUGUCUUUUAUAAGUUUCUUUUCAGAGGGAUUGUACAGUAUCGUGCUGGAACGACUGUUAGAUUUAAUGUAGGACACAUGUAUACACACACACAGUUCAAUUACUUCAACUGGAACUCUUGGAAACAAGGGUCUGUAAGACGAGGUACAGCCAGAAACCAAACGUAUACUAUGGAAGUUUCAUCUUCAAUAGAACUACCAUAACAUAUAUAUUUGCAGAAAUGUGUCCAUUGCCAAAUUCUUGUUUUUUCAAUGUGUAAGCUCAUUGUAAAGUCCUGUUUCCUACUUUGCAUCCAUUUUGUAACGCGAGUUUAUCUUUACACAGCAUCAUCUUUUAAUAAUGUUCUGUAUUUCAGAAUGCUAGAAUGUCUCUAUUUUUUUUUAAACAGCUUCAUGUUUAUCAUUAUGAAAUACAGUACCUUAGAAAAGAUGAUAUUGUUAAAGAUGGAGUUCACAUUGAGUCUACGCUGGGUUCGAGGGGGGGG